ACAUAGCGACCAGCGAGAGGCGUGUACACCGAAAUUUCGAGCCAGCGCGCACCUUGCCUCUGUUUGGAGACGCCGUGUACUUCCAUUCGAAGGGAAGAUGGGGGGGAGGCAAGCGCCAGUUUAUACACCUAGAGGACCCGUGAACAAUUUUAUUUCAUGAUACUCUUUACUUACCUGUCGCUGUCUUUAUUUCGGGGGAAUUAUUCAUUUUGACGAAAAGACCUUCUCACUGCCGAAGAAAAAAUGGAUACAUCACCCUCCAGGCAGCAGUAUGGAACGAAGAAAAGGGUCAAGAUCCACCCAAACACAGUGACGGUGAAGUACACCACCCACUUCCCCCAGCCGGGCGAUGAGGGGUACGAUGACGCACCUUCUUUCGAGGACUUUGGGUCUUUCGUGGACGACAACCCCAACAAGAGGCUGAUAUCAGACAGCAGGCACAGGCGGACUUUCUUCGGCACCAUGGACACCGAGCCCAAGCUUGGCGGGGAGAGGGUCGGUGGGGUCGGCGAGCAGCUGCAGAGUUUCGGCGAGGCCUCAGUCCUGGCCUCGCGGGUGACCUGGGCCGCCCUGUUCGGGGCGGCGCUGGCCCACGGCUGCGUGGCCCUCAUCACCCGGCUGGCGGCCGACCGCUCCAAAGUGCCCUCCCUGGAGCUCCUCUUCAUCCGCUCGGUGAUCCAGGUGCUCUCCAUCGUGGUGGUCUACUACUACCAGGAGGCGCCCUUUGGGCCCAAGGGCUACCGGCUGCGCCUCUUCUUCUACGGCAUGUGCAACGUCAUCUCCAUCACCUGCGCCUACACCUCCUUCGCCAUCGUGCCACCCAGCAACGGCACCAUCAUGUGGCGGGCCACCACCACCGUCUUCAGCGCCGUGCUGGCCUUCCUGCUCAUCGACGAGCGGCUGGGCUACACGGACAUCGUCACCGUGGUGAGCAGCGUCUUCGGCCUCUGCCUCGUCAUGAUCCCCAACAUCGCCGACGAGGAGAAGUCGGCGUUGGGCUUCUGGAAGGAGGCCUUCGGCUACACCAUGACGGUGAUGGCGGGCCUCACCGCCGCACUCUCCAUGAUCGUCUACCGGGCCAUCAAGGAGCGCGUGAGCAUGUGGACGGCCCUCUUCACGUUCGGCUGGACGGGCACAGUGUGGGGCGCGUCCACCAUGUUCGUCAUGCAGGAGCCCAUCAUCCCCCUGGACGGGGAGACCUGGGGCUACCUCAUUGGCAUCUGCAUCUGCUCCACCGUGGCAUUCCUGGGCGUGUACUACGCCCUGAACAAGUUCCACCCGGCGCUGGUCAGCACCGUGCAGCACCUGGAGAUCGUGGUGGCCAUGAUCCUCCAGCUCCUGGUGCUGCGCAUGAUCCCCUCAGUCUACGACGUCAUCGGUGGCCUCAUCAUCAUCGUCAGCGUCUUCGUCCUCACGGGCGUCAAGCUCUACUGGGUGGGGAGGGCCAUAAGACAAGAUUACCAAGAGAUCCUCGACUCGCCCAUCAAAUGAUGCGCAACUGAACAGUCUCAUGAAUGUCUGAAUCUCGAUCUGUUUGUUUUGUAUUGUGCUGUUGAAAGAGUGCCAGUUGUGUAACGUCUUUGCUGACCAUCAUGUGCAAAAUAAAAACAAAAAUCGUCUGUUA